AAAUUAUGUUACAAAUGAUAAAAUUGAUGAACCUUAAACAAAAUACUGCUUACAAACCAAAUACCAUCGUUAGUAAAUUGCAUAUCACAAACAAUCGAAAUAUAGACAAAGGAGAAAAUAUGCAUUUGUAGUAAUACUUAAAAUUGACUUUUACUCAUUAUAAAGAAGUAAUAUUUAAAGCUAUAGAUUUAUAAACCUGGAAUAGUGGAAGAUGAAUAGAUGGAGAAUAAUUGUUAAAUGGCUAUUGUGAAAAAAAAAUAAAUAUCAAAGUGUGAAAUAUAUUAUUCAUCCUUCUUUAGAUGAAUUAACAGAAGAUCAGGAUUGUGGAUAAUUGAAAAUAAUUGAUGAAUUCAUGAAAAAUGAUCCAUAAUAAAGAGGGAUAGAAGAGGUUUUCUAAUUCAAGAUGGGUAGC